AUGAAGGAAGUAGUGAGAGCAGAGGUUCUUAAGCUCUUGGAUGUUGGCAUCAUCUACGCCACCUCAGAUAGCAAAUGGGUGAGUCCAAUUCAUGUUGUGCCUAAGAAGAGUGGAAUCACAGUGAUGAAAAAUGAAGAGAAUGAGCUUGUUCCUACCAGGCUCACCACAGAUGGUUAUAGUGGUUAUAAUCAGAUUGCUAUAGCACCAGAGGACCAGGAGAAGACCACAUUCACAUGCCCUUAUGGCACAUUUGCAUACAGAAGGAUGCCAUUCGGAUUGUGUAAUGCACCUGCCACAUUCCAGAGGUGCAUGAUGAGCGUAUUUUCAGACAUGGUGGAGAGGAAGAUGCCCUAUUUAUAG